UCGCAGCGGCCGGAGAUGUAUGGCGUACCUACGCCGAGUAUAAAGCAUCCCGGCACCGGCCCAUCAGUCACAGCACAAACAGCGCCAUCACUCACAGCACAGGGCAUCAGACAGACAGGCGCGAACGAAACGGUCGAGGCCGGCCACAUACCACACCCCCACGGCGCGCCGCGCGGACAUGGAUCACCGCCGGAGCCGCCCGCCGUCGGCGGCCCCCGCCGGAGCACUUCUCUUGAUGCUGUCUCCAGCCACGGCGGUGGACGGCUGCCCCGCCGGCGGCGAGCGGGCGAGCAAGCAGCAGGGGAGGAGCGGUCGUCGUCAUCACCGGAGGCAUGAGGUGGAGGAGCAGCUGUGGGUGUUCGGCGACUCGUACGCGGACACGGGCAACCUGGGGAACCUGGGGCGGGAGCUGACCCACGCCUGGUACGACCCUUACGGCAAGACCUUCCCGCGCCGCCCCGCCGGCCGCUUCUCCGACGGCCGGGUCCUCACCGACUUCGUCGCUUCGGCGCUGGGGAUGCGGACGCCGGUGGCCUACAAGGCGCGGUGGCGGGCGUCGCGGGAGGCCCUAGCGCGCGGCAUGAACUUUGCCGUCGGCGGCGCCGGCGUGCUCGACACCGGCAACUUCCAGCGCAACAUCAGCGCCCAGAUCGACCUCUUCCAGGCCAUUCACCGCACCCAGCAGCGGGGCUGCGCCAAGCGGACGGCGCUCGUCGUCGUCUCCGGCAACGACUACGCCUACGCCGCCGACAAGGACAACGGCACCAGCGCGGCGAUCGCCUACAUCCCGACGGUGGUGCGGGAGCUCCGGGGGCAGCUCCGGCGGCUGGGCGACGAGGCAGGGAUGCGGAGGGUGGUGGUGACCAACCUGCACCCCAUGGGCUGCACGCCCGUCUUCACCCGCCCGCUCAACUACACCGGCUGCGACCCGCUGGCCAACGCCGGCGCCGCCCAGCACAACGCCGCCCUCUCGUCGGUCCUCGCCACCCUCGACCCCAACAACCGCACCUUCCUCCUCCUCGACGUCCACACCCCCUUCGCCGCCUUCCUCCUCAACGACGACAACAAUGGCGGCAAUGGCAACAAGAAGUUCAAGAGCACGCUGCGGCCGUGCUGCGAGAGCUUCAGGCCAGACGGCUACUGCGGCGAGGAGGACGAGAACGGCACGCGGCAGUACACCCUCUGCGACGACCCCGGCCGCUACUUCUACUGGGACGACGUGCACCAGACGCAGCUCGCCUGGGCCGCCGUGGCGCGCACCUUCAGGGCCGCCGUCAAGAGCUUCCUCUCCAUUUGACCUGACCCGAAGUUCAAACAUGAAACGAAGAUGGCCAUAUAUGCAUGGUUCAUUUGGAUGCAGCGCCGGCAGUCAGGACUAACCAACACGUAACGUGCCCUUUAGCUUGUACAAUGCUAGGUGCUUAGGGAGUUGUUUAGAAUAAUAAACCGGAUUUUUCUUAAGCACCAGUGCCUAUUUCUACAGGAGAGACGCCUAAUUAAAUGUCUACCCUAUACAAAAUAAGUACUGGUGCUUAAGAAAAAUCUGGUUUAUUUUUUCAAACAUCUCUAGUAAGCACCUUGCAUUGUACAAGGCCAAAAGGUAGCAACUGACAAACUGGAGCUAGUUUCUUUACUGUUACAGUUACCACAAAGUGUAUAAUAUUGGAUGAUUUAUUGAAAACAUCAAUUUC